AUGCGUAAAAUUAUCAGCAAGCUGCCAUUCAGACUACGGCUCGCAUGGAAGGACUCCGUGGACCGCAUUAUUCAGAAAGAAAAAAGGGACGUCAACAUAAACGAUAUGUCGGAAUUCAUUGCAGAUAAAGCAAGGGCAACUACACAUCCAGUAUUUGGUGUCGUAGAAGGAAGCAACAAACCAAAACAGCAGGGGCAGAAGGGAACUGUUUAUGCUCAACAAGGAAAACCCAACUCUGCACCUAACUCACCAACCUGUCCUCUAUGCUCGCAUGGCCAUUUCCUGCCGAGAUGUGAAACGUUCAAGAAAAUGUCCUUAGGUGGUCGCUUGAAUGUGAUAAAGGAAAAAAGGUUAUGUAGAAACUGCCUGACACCAGGACAUUUCGCUUCAACUUGCUCUAAAAACAGUUUCUGCAAGCUUUUUUCAGACAAGCAUUCAACAUUUUUACAUCCGACUAAAUCAGCGACUACACCAGCCAAUGCUGAAGUAAAAUCGCCCGAAGCAAAAGACAAGCUGAAUAUGGCAGCAGGUGUCAAAGGAUCAAGAAUAGGGCUAGCAGUAGUGCCUGUUCGUGUGAAAGUGGCAGGCUUCAGCAAGAGUGUCGUCACUUAUGCAUUUCUAGACAAUGGGUCCAACACUACCUUUUGUACCGAUGACUUGUUGAAGAAACUCAAUGCUAAAUGCAGCCAUGUGAACAUGUCUUUAACAACAAUGAACGGUGAGACACCUAUGAAAUGCAAAAUGACCUCUUUGGAAAUCCUGGAUUUAGAUGGUAAUAAUUGUACAUCAUUACCAACGGUAUAUUCAAGACCCAAUCUACCCAUAACAAGAUCUGUUAUAGCAAAUCAGGAUGAUUUAACCAAAUGGCCACAUCUGAAUGAUGUAGUUCUAAGAGAUAUCAAGGCCGAUGUGGGAUUGCUUAUCGGGAGUGACAUACCCCAACUUCUACAGCCAUUGGAAGUAAGAUCAUCCUUGGAUGGAGGUCCAUAUGCUACUAGAACUAUUAUGGGUUGGGUCGUCAAUGGUCCGCUCAAUGGUAAUCCACAUAACCCAUCUUGCAACUUCAUCGAUUUAGACCAUGUUUCCCUGGACGACCAGUUUAAGCAGUUUUGCAAGGUAGAAUUCAGUGACAUCAGCAAGUCAAGAAUCGAAAUGUCAACUAACGACAGAAAAGCGUUAGAAACUAUGGCAACCAGUGCUACACUGAGUAAUGGAAAGUAUGUUAUCGGAAUGCCAUGGAAGACCUAUCCACCAAAUCUUUCAAAUAAUCGUGCUGUAGCAUACCGUAGGUUGGAGUCACUUAAGAGAAAACUCCAGAACAAUGAUGAUCUACGUAUGAAGUAUACAGAAUUCAUGAGGGAGCUGUUAGAUAAAGGAUAUGCAAGAAAGGUAAACAAUGACGAAUUAGGUGCUCCUGGCUGGUAUCUCCCACAUCACUCCGUUAUCCACCCACAGAAACCAGACAAGGUGCGUGUCGUUUUCGAUUGCUCCGCAAAGCAUCAAGGAACGUCACUAAACGACCAACUUCUACAAGGCCCUGAUUUAACAAAUACUCUUAUUGGUGUGCUGUUGCGGUUUAGACUUGAGAAAUUUGCUGUCAUGGCAGACAUCGAGAAGAUGUUCUACCAAGUUAAGGUGAAGGAUUCCGAUGCAACCUAUCUCAAGUUUCUGUGGUGGCCGACCGAUGACUAUAACGUUCCUCCUGAGGAAUAUCAAAUGCUAGUCCAUCUAUUUGGUGGGAAAUCAUCACCAAGUUGCGCAAACUAUGCUUUGAAGAAAACAGCGGAUGACAACCGAUCCCACUUUGACAAGUCAACAAUAGAGACAGUACAUCAAAAUUUCUAUGUCGAUGAUUGCCUGAAAUCUGUCGCAUCAGAAGCAGAAGCUGUUAAGCUGGCUGCCGAAUUACGACAACUGCUUGCUGCAGGAGGGUUUAAACUAACCAAAUGGGUAUCAAAUUCUGCAAACGUACACUCAACUUUACCUGAUGCAGAAAACUCUAAAUCAAUGCUGCUAGGUGACAACGUCAAUGAGCGAGCCUUAGGUGUCAGAUGGUUUGAUGAGGAAGACAGCUUAGGUUAUGCCAUAAAUCCCAGACCUCGCCAAACUACGCCAAACGUGGCCUUCUGUCUACAGUCAGUUCGAUAUACGAUCCCUUAG